ACCGUCGCUAUCACCACUGACAAACUAUCAUGGAGGCAGGUCUCGGGGUCACGGCAGGAACACACUAAUUUAUGAAUGAAGGUCAUACCUUGAUUUUGAAAUCCUGACAAGAAAUAUGUCUUCAAAAAACUUAUCCGACUCCACCCCGCUGCCUCCAAUAACAUCACGAGUAUCAACUGACCCAGAAGCUGACCUAAUAUCAAACCAUGACAGUGACAGUGAGACCGACAUACAACUACAGCGGCCUGACAGCUCAGCUUCCGAAGCAUCUACGACAUCAGCAGCAUCCUCAGCUGUCCUUGACCAAUCCGGACAAGGGAAAGUCCGUCCAUCUGUUGUCCGAGGAUUCAGACGAGAAUCCGAUGUGACCGACCUAGCUAUGAGUCUUGACUCACCAGGAUCUGGCAAACGAGGAGUGUCAUCUUCAUCAAAGAAUGGAAAAUCCAAGAACCUCACAGCAAGGGAGACAACCAGGCGGAAAACGUACGAUGGUCGUGAGAUUUUAUUUAUUACCCAGGAUGUCCAGACAGACUGGGACUGGGUUCAGGAGGCUGAGAGGACCGGCAAGGGGAAGCAAAUCAUAGCAAACGAGAGCACCCUUUCUGCGCGUGGUAAGCGAGGAUCCAAGGAAGACCUUCGACGUAGUUCAGAUGAGGAAGGUCGUCGAGGUAAAGCAGACGGUCCCGAGGGACAGAAGAAAGGAAAAGAUGGAGUGAGUGAUGGUAAGAAAGAUGACAAAGCCGGAGGCAGAUCAUCCUACCCCUUCCCAGACAAUGAUGAGUUUGGAAUACCGAUGUUAGAACUCAGCAGUGACACAGACUCGAGUUCCGAUGAGGAUGCAUACAACAAGAAAACAACAGACGAUCGGAAUUUUAUGCCGAGUGUCGGACCUCCUCAGAUUCUACAGUAUAUCCGAGAAUCUGAGAAACAGGAAGUGGAUAUGGAUGACCCGGGGGCACUGGAACAGGUCUCUGAGGAGGAUGAGGACUACCCAGUGGAUGAACACGGCCGCUCCCUCGGCAUGCUGGGAGGACACUGUGAGUUCUGCGAGAAGGACAUCAAGCUGUUCCCAACGCUGGAACAACAACAGAAUCAGCCCCCUGAGGAGUUGUACUGCUGUAACCAGUAUCGGGAGUUUGUUGAGUUUGCUACCAGCCAGACUGCCAUUAUGGAAGAGGAACACAAGAGCAAAACCAAGAUGAUAAGUGUCAAGUCCCACCCUCGCCACGGGGACAAACAGGCGCGGCUGGCUGCCCGGGAGAGAGCAGAGAGAAGGAUCAGAGAACGUGAGAUGCAGCGCAGGCAGCAAGAAGUGUCAGGCAUGCAGCAGCAGGCCUUCAUGGCAGGCAAAUCUAAAGGCAUGGGCAACCCCCACGGACAGCAGAUGUAUAGCCAUAAAGACAGUGUUGCCCGCCAGAUGAAGACGAUAAACUACAUGUUAUCCUCGCAGAGAUGUCUGGAGGAGGGUUGGACCAUCCGGGCCCCAAGUCCCUUGUUACCGGAGGAACACGAGGACAUUUUUGUCCCCGAGCCCCUUAACCCUGCCAUGAUAGCCUCAGGAAAUUUGUAUGACCGACCUCUGAUAGAGAAGUUCUAUGAAGAUGGGCAGAAAUUCCUUACCAUGUUCCCUGAUGGAACCGGAAAUGUUUUUUAUCCCUCUGGGAAUCUUGCAAUAUCUAUCUCGUCUGUGACUCUAGGCCAGUACACCUAUGUUGUACAAGAGGACUCCGACCUACCAGUCAUCCUCUCAGUGUUUGAACCUAAUGGAUAUGCCACCUGUUAUCAUCCUAACAAUGUUAUCAGGCUGUGUAUGGAGCCAUUUGGUGGAAUAGAACUUGAUGCCUUCGGUAACCGUAGAAGACGAUGGAGCUGGAAGGACCAGGAGACCCAUGUCCACGCUCCUCCGUUUCAGCCGAUCCACUUUGGGCUAAACAAGUACACGGGAGUACGCGUGAUGAGUCAGGACCGUAUAGCCCUCACACUUAGUGCCAAACAACGCAGCUGUCGCUUCAAUGUUGGCGCUAAACUUAAGUUAAUCAAUCCUGAGAGUGUUCCAUCCAAAGAGUUAGACGACACCUUGAUAUUUUUAGAUGAUAAGAAGAAUCGUGUUGAAACUCUACUAGAUCGUGUGUCUACUUUACUUAAGUUCCCAAAGUCUCCCAAACUGGAAAAGAUCUUGCCACCUUUAAGCCUAACAUCACGAGUAACGAAGACAGAAAAAAUGAAGAAAGAGAGAGCGCAGCAGAUUGCAGCUUUGGAGGCAAAGAAAACGAAACAACCUGGUGUCGUAACAGUGAACUAAGUGUCAAGCUUAGUGUGAUAAACUCGCCUAUUGUGUUUGAUUACAGCUUACCCCGCUUCAUCUGUCUGAGGAAGAGCAUGUACUAAAAUAGAGACAUCUCCCUAUAAAGGAAAUACAAAUAUUCUUUCUUUAGUUCAUUCUGAUAUUCAUCAUAUCCUUCACAAUUUGAUUUCAAACUCAAAUCUUCAAAAUAGGUUUCAUUUAUAUAGAUACGGGUUUCAUCCAUUCUAGGUUCUUUUAAAAUAGCUUAUGUAAAAUAUUUUUUUAAAUAACAUAUUGAAUUGCUUUUAAAAAGAUUUCAGGCAUUCUUUCAAUACUUGAAUGGAAAUUAAGAUGAUAUCACCAAAUUGUUGACAAGGUAAAUUAAUCUGUUUAUUUCUGUUAAAAACCCUGUAAGAAAUACAAGUAAAGUUUGGUUACCGAAUGUUUCAAUCCUAGUAUGGCCGUUUUUUUUCUUUUUCUUGUAUAUGUUACAUAAAUAUUAAUGUGUAUCACAGUUUUUCUCUCCGUCCAAUAUUUUUUUGUUAUAAAGCAUUCCGCUAUUGUCUGUGAUAUAAUUACUGUUUACAGUAGAGUAUGAGUUUAAUUGAUUUUUUUUUGUGCGACAAAUAUUCAACAAUUAUGUGCAAAUAAUAAGAAUAGAAAUAUUUUCUUAUAUAAGUAAUUGCUGGAAUAAUUACGAUACAGUUUACGAUAUUGUUGAGAAAUUAGACUAAUAUCAUGUAACGUGGUGGAAGCUGCUGAGAAAAAAAAAGACUCAUUUGAGUGAAAACUCCUGAGGAAUAAAAAUGCUAUUACUUCACAUAGUGGGGGCCGCGGUGGCCAAGUGGUUAAGGCGUCUGACAUUCUGUUACCACUAGCCCUCCACCGCUUGGUCGCGGGUUAAGGACCCACGUGCGGCAGUCGCCAGGUACUGGCUGUUGGUCAGUUGUUUUCUCAGGGAACUCCGGCUUUCCUCCAUCACCAAAACCUGGCACGUCCUUAAAUGACCAUAGCUAUUAGUAGGACGUAAAACACAAACCAAAUUUUACAUAGUGGAAACUACAGGGGAAUAAUUAUAAUUCUAUAAUUAUUUUAUACGAGUAUUAAGAUUAUUUUUAUAUGGUGUUAACUGCUGAGGAAUAAAUCUGCUGUUAUUUUACGGAAACUGAUGAGGAAUGAGCUUGCUAUUUAUUACAUGGUGGAAACCACAGAGGAAUAAUUAUAAUUCUACAAUUAUUUUACAUGAUGAAAACUGCAGAGAAAGAAAAAAAAAUCUUUCAUGUUCCAUUGUGAAAACUGCUGAGGAAUAAACCUGCUGUUAUUUUUCAUGGCGGGGACCACAGGGGAAUAGUUAUAAUUCUACCAUCAUUUUACACGGUAAAAUCUGCUGAGGAGAAAGAUUACUUUUAUAUAUGGUGUAAUCUGCUGAGGAGAAAGAUAGCUUUUAUAUAUGGUGUAAACUGCUGAGGAAUAAGAAGCAUUAUCAAGUAAUGUUUUGGUGAAUAAUUUCUAUAUUUUGAAAAAUAUAGUGAAGCUGAUUAUCAUGGAUAGCUUUACAUUCUUGUGUAUGACAUUUAACAGCUAGUUCUAAAUCAUCAUGUGUUAAUUACAAACUGUACUAGUUGUUGUUGUUGACAAAUAGCUUGGUGUAAUCAGCAUUUUGUCCUAUAAAAAUAUGUAUAUAUAUUAUACAUGUAUAUCUUUAUUUAUGUAUGUUGUGUUCUGACUGUGUUCUAGUUACAAAUCCUCCAUGUGCUGCCAAACAAAAUGAUUGUAUUAUAAUUCAGAGCACCUUGCUGACAGCAGAGGACUAUUUCUUUGAUCCAUUUAAAUCAAUCAGAAAUAGAAACUAUACAUUAAUGUACGUAUGAUACCAGUGAUCAUGUUGUUUAAAAAGCCUUAGUCUUGUGAUAUUUCUGAAAAAUCCGAUUUGAUAGUGUGAUCUGUUUUCCCUGCAUAAUUAAUUACCUUGGGGAAUGUGUUUAUUCUGUUUACCGUCAUGAGCGGUAGACGCAAUCAGUCCAGUUUGGACAAUUUUUCUUGAAUUAUUUUUUUCACUAUUUUUUUAUAAUUUGAAAUUUUACAACCUGGUUCUACGAUAUCAAUGAUAACCCGAUAUUUCUUUACCAAGCAACACAUCUAAAACAUGUCUUCUCCACUGUCCAACAACUUUUUUAGAUUGGUGGAUGUUGAUACAAGUUAAAGUGUUGGUAAAGAUACUGAAUACGAUAUAUACCCCACUCCCACCUCAGCUCGUUUUGAUAUAAUUUGACCAAACACAUUUUUAAUGAAAAUAUUAUUUGAAAACUUUUAGAAAAAAAAUUCCUUUAACUUGUGAAUUUCACUUAUUAUGAUCCAUUUUUCUAUGUGCUUGAAUAUUUUAUAUAUUGUAUAUGAAAAUGUUUUGUAUUAUCGAUUUUUUCCAACAUUACCAGCAGAUUAUUAUUCUCUCAUCCUCUAUUUGUGUCUCAUCAUGUUAAUGUCAAAUUCAUCACUCUGCUUUAAAAAAACACUUCUCUCUGUGAGAAAAGUUUGAUUUUCAUCCUGUAUUUAUUAGUGUUACAUCGCCUGCUUGUAUUAUCAUGAAAUGAUUUGUAGCCUACAUAUCAACAGUAUUGUAGCUUAUAAGUAUAACACAAUCAGUGUUUGUAGCCUACAUACCAACAGUAUUGUAGCCUAGUAUAACACAAUCAGUGUUUGUACAGUUCAUGUUUAUGUAGCUGUAUAUAUAGGACGGACUACGUGUCGUGUACGCGGCAGGCAUAUUUUACCUAGUGUCAGUGUUCACACACCUAGAAGUUAGUGAUACACCCGCAAAUAUGAUAUUUGUUGUUGUCAAAGGGUGAUUUCGUGAUUGUAUCAUUAUUUUAUUUUUUUACCAUUUUAUUUUUUAAACAUAAGUUUGCAGUUAUAUUCUAAUAAAACUAAACCAUGAAAUGGUUUAGCUGUUACUUAGUGUGUUGUAAGCACACAAAUUAUCUGAAGAGUAUGUUAUUCUUAAUGCACAAUACAUCUUACAUGUACUGUCACUUGUACUUAAAAUAUCUUGUGUAUGGUCACUUGUACUUAAAAUAUCUUGUGUAUGGUCACUUGUACUUAAAAUAUCUUGUGUAUGGUCACUUGUACCCAGAAUAUCUUGUGUAUGGUCACUUGUACUUAAAAUAUCUUGUGUAUGGUCACUUGUACUCAAAAUAUCUUGUGUAUGGUCACUUGUACCCAGAAUAUCUUGUGUAUGGUCACUUGUACUCAAAAUAUCUUGUGUAUGGUCACUUGUACUCAAGAUGUCUUAUGUGUAUGGUCACUUGUACCCAGAAUAUCUUAUGUGUAUGGUCACUUGUACCCAGAAUAUCUUGUGUAGGGUCACUUGUACUCAAAAUAUCUUGUGUAUGGUCACUUGUACUCAAGAUGUCUUAUGUGUAUGGUCACUUGUACCCAGAAUAUCUUAUGUGUAUAGUCACUUGUACCCAGAAUAUCUUGUGUGUAUGGUCACUUGUACUCAAGAUGUCUUAUGUGUAUGGUCACUUGUACUCGAAAUUUAUUACGUCACAUGUAUGGUUACUUGUACUCAAGAUAUCUUGUGUGUAUAGUCACCUGUACACAAAAUAUCUUGUGUAGGGUCACUUGUACCCAAAGUAUCAUAUUUUCAUUGUCACCUGUCUCAAAAUAUCUGAUGAGUACAAUUAGUUUAAUGACUUCUAUCCAAGUCUGGAUUAGAUUAAUUAAUGUGAAGCUGAGCACUUAAGCUUCUUACUUUCCUAAGCUGUACAGAUGUUUGCAGUAAAUAUGAUGAUGUUUGCAGUUAAUAUGAUGUCCCCGUCCAGCCAGACUUCAGCGUCAGUUACUAUUAAGUCAGUAACAGAUAAGAACAAAGAAUAUGUUCUAGAAACUUAUCAUCUUAUACAUAUACUGUGUAUAUGAUGUCAUAUUUUAUUUUACUUUGCACACCUGUAGCAAUAUAUAUAUAUGAUGGCAUUAGGUAUGUCAAAUGGUUUACACAUCCAGGCCACCUCACCUGUUCUCAGAAUAAUCUGAUAUUAUACUCUCUAUACGUCACUAGUCACUAUACACUUUUUCACUGUCACCGAGAACGCGCAACAUGUACAGAUUUGUUGUUUCCGUCCAUAUCGUCCAUUUCCUUUUUAUCAAACACUGUAAAAGCACAAAAAAGAAAGUUUUUCAAAUGAACUUUUUAUCAUGGUAUUUUUCAUUCAGCAUAUUUAUUGGUAAGAUGAGUAAUGUAUGCAUAUAGCUAUUCUAACUAAAUACAUAAUGUUGAGGAGAUCAUUGUAAGGGAGGUAACUCAUGUAAGUCACAGGUAUAACGGCUAGGUAGCACGUCCUUAUAUAAAUAGAAUAAUCACUGUCCUGUAUACAAUAUCAGUACCGUGGUCCUACUGGAUCAUUUCUGUGGUUGUGCUGUAGUAAAUGUUUUUUAAAGACAAGUGGUACCCGUUACAAUAGAGGCCAAAAGUAGUAAAUGGAGUUUUUAUAAUAAAAAUUUAAUGUUUUUAACAUCAAAGUAUAUAAUGCAACUUUUUCUGCAUAUGGAUAGAUUUUUUGUUUAAAAGAAAUAUCAUUGAAGCAUUAAUCUUUCUUCUUCCAAUUUUUUCAAAUAUAUUUUAUUCAAAAUAGGAUUAUAACCUAUGGCAAAAUUUAUUUUAGGGAUAUUUCCGUUUUUAUUUUCGCCAAAGUGGUGAACUAUAUACUCUCAUCAAAUAGUUUCCUUUAUCUAUAUAUCCAAUAUAUUUGUAUUUUUAAUGUUUUUUGAGGAAGUUUAUAAAGAAGCAUUGUAUUGAAUUUGCUAAUGGUUGUAUUGAGGCUAUUGUUUUUGGCGAGCGCGUGACUCAUGAUCAUGUGACCAAGAUUUGAGGCUCUUAUAGAUUGACAUUGGUCAUGUGACUUGUGCUGUCACCCAUGGUUGUGUGACUCAGCCCUGUUUGGAUAAGUCGACUAAAACAACGUUGUUAUUUAUGAAUAAAUGUGAAAUAUGAA